AUGGCAGACUACUCGGAAUAUGGCAUUCCAAGCGCAGAAUGGCUCGCACUAGAACCCAACAUCCCACCUCUGCCCGCGUUCUCAAGCGUGGACGAGCUGAAACAGAUAACGAAUGGCGGAAGAGAGAAGGUCAGCGCGGAAGAAAUGAUCAGCCAAGGACUAUCAGAAGUCGUAGCUUUAACAGACCACUCCAUCCCCACCCGGGACGGCAGCACAGUCGAGGCACGGAGCUAUCGACCUAAGACAUUACCUUCCAGCGGCCCACUACCAGUCUACGUCCACCUUCACGGUGGCGGCUUCCUCUUUGGCACCUUAUCAUCCGAGGACGCUGGGUGCAGUCGCAUCGUCAAGUCCUUCCUGGAGCAGUACAAUCAGGGAAUCGUGGUGCUGAAUGUAAACUACCGCCACACGCCUGAAUUUACCUUCCCCACAGCCUGGGAAGAUGUCGAGGAUGCUCUCGUGUGGCUACAUGGCAUUCCGGAAGCGGAACUAGAGAGGACGCUCGGGGUCGGCAUUGACCGAUCUCGCGUGGUGGUCGGAGGCAUCAGCGCAGGUGGACAGCUGAGCGCUAGCGCUUCACUGAAGCAGAAUCUAGGACUGGGGCCGACUGCGAAGCUGCCGAAGUUGAAGGGACAAGUCUUGAUGAUCCCAGCACUGGUGCAUCUCGACCAUCAGGAGAACAUCAGAAAACAGCUGAAGAGCCCAGAGGCGAGCAGCUAUCACACACAGUCGAACGCGCCUAUAUUGGACCUCAAGCGGAUCAAGCUCUUCACGGAUCAGUUGAAGGUCUCUGACGCAGUUCUGAAGGGCGAAGGCUUCGCAAAUGACAGAAGGCUGAACAUAGGCAACGCAACACCUGACGAAGUCAAAGGCUUGCCGGCCACUGUCUUUGGCAUUGCAGGCUCAGAUCCGCUCAGGGACGAGGGCUUGUUCUUCGCGAAAUUGCUUGCUGAUCAAGGUGUGCCGACGAAUGUGCAGGUCUUUCCUGGUCAUCCGCAUGGCGGCAGAAGGUAUGGAAACCAAUUGCCGAUAGCGAGCAAGGCUUGGGAUGCGUGUAUUGUCGAAGGCAUCCAUUGGAUUCUGUCGGAGCCGGCUGCAGCUGCAUUUGAUAUCAAGAAGGCCUAUUGA